AUGGCCAGUCCAACUCGAAUAGUUCCAUCACCAACUGCUUCUCGUAUAGCAACUAUUAUUCCAAAUACAACUGUUAUUAGUCCUCGAUCAGUUUCCACUCGUAGUCAAUUGGAAGAAAGUAUCAGUACACUUCAAAAUGAACAAGAACGAGUUCAAAAGAAAACAUUUACCAAAUGGGUUAAUAUUUAUUUAUCAUUACAUGAACCAGCGUACUACAUUAACGAUCUAUUCGAAGAUUUUCAAGAUGGAACAAAACUUGUUGCUCUGCUUGAAGUUCUUUCAGGACAAACAUUGCCAAUAGAACGAGGAAAAAAACGUGCUCAUUGUCUUAGCAAUGUCGACAAUGCAUUAAAAUAUCUUGAAAGUCGAAAGAUCAAACUAGUCAAUAUACGUCCAAUUGAUAUAGUCGAUGGAAAACCAAUGAUGAUUUUGGGUUUAAUAUGGAUGUUAAUUUUAUGUUACCAGAUUGAAGAUUCAAGCAUGUUUGAUGAAAAUUCAAAAGAUAAUCGUAGUAAAGCAAAAGAAGCUCUCCUCGGAUGGGUUCGAAAGAAAACAUCAGGACAAAUUGAUGGUUUGGACGUGCGAGAUUUUACAUCGAGUUGGCGUGAUGGUCUUGCUUUUAAUGCAUUAAUUCAUGCAAUUAGGCCUGAUUUGGUCGAUCUACGUCGUGUUACCCGAAUGGAUAUUCGAGAAAGAUUAGAAAAUGCAUUUACUGUUGCUGAACAACAACUUGGUGUACCACGUUUAAUUGAUGCGGAAGAUGUUGAUGUAAAUAAACCAGACGAAAAAUCUAUAAUGACCUAUGUUGCUCAAUUCUCUCGUCGAUUUCCUGACUUGCCAUUCGGAUCUGUGAACAAAGAACACGGAGAAUUUCUCCGUUGGAUUGCCGAUAUUCGACAACGCUUAGCGAUCGUUGUUGAUGCACCUAUUCAAGACAUUAUAGCUGAAUAUAAAGAGUAUGUAAAACUACUAAAGCAAUUUAUUGAAAAGCAAAAGCAGUGGAAAGUAUUCGAACGUAAAGAAUCUAAAUCUCCACAUUUUCCCGGUGAAAAAUUAAAAGAAUUAAGAGACGCCUUUGAUGAUAUCACAAUAAGAAUGAAUCGAUGGAGAUGUAAAUUAGAUUCAAGUCUUCCAGGUGAACUAGGUCGAAUAGCUGACUGGAUUAAUACAGCCGAACAAGUUUUAGCACGACCACUUGGUUUUGAUCGAUUAAAAUCAUCGCCGGAAGAGAACAUUCAACGUUUCAAUCAACUUAAUCAAGAACAUGCGGCGAUUUUUAACAAUAAAGAAUCUAUUCUACACUCAUUUCAAUGUCAUAAACGUGAUGCAUCGGUUAUUAAUAAACAAAUUUCGCUUGAACAUUUAACGAAUCUAAACGAACGUCUCGAUAUAAUUAUGAAUGCUAGUGAAGAACGUGGACGAUUUUUAGACUUCGAAGAAUUACAUUGGAAAGUACAAAAAUUUUUCGAACAAUUAGAAUAUUUCAUUAUGGAAUUAAAUAAAAAACAAGGCGAUAGUCAUCAUACCGAACGAUUGUAUGAUGAAUUUAAAAGAAAAAUUUAUGAAGAAAAACUUCCGAAUUGUAUUGAAAGUUUAUUACCUGAAUUGACUCGACGAUCACAAAGUUAUACUCAAUUGGGAAAAAAAGGUUGUGCUUUUUUCGUCUAUGAUCAUGUCGCAAGAGAAUUUCAUGUCUAUUGCGAAAAUAUUCGUAAAACUCUGAAAAGUUUCAAUGUGGAUCUUAAAGCUAAAGAGCAUAUGCUGCAAGAAACAAUUAGUGGUUGGAAAGUCUAUCAUAACUUAUACGCUUCAUUAGAAAAUUGGUUAAACGAAGGCGAACAUGUUCUUCGGCGAUCAUCAGAAGAAAAACUUGAAUUCUUCUCAAAUGUGGAACAUUGGGCUCAAAUUCAUGACGAAUUACGUUUGGCUAUUGAACGUUUACUGUCUGUAUGUGAUGAUGAAAAUAGUGUCGUACUACAUAAUAAAUUGUUAUUUAUCAAUCGUCGAUGGAAAGAAGUCAUUGAGUCAGUGCACCAAUUUAAACACGAUGAAUCGAUAAAGAAAAAACGCGAUGAAUUCUAUGCUGGCCGUGCUAAACUAUUAGAUACAUUAGAUAGGAUAGAACGCGAGAUGCAAGAUUAUUUACCAUGUACAAUGAAAACGCUUAAAGAACAAGAAAAUCGUCUUUAUGAUGCUCAAGCGGAAUUAGAUGUGUUCAAUCAAACAGUUCAAGUACUUUCGAAAUUAAGCCAAACCAUAGCACGUGAAAGUGGCGAAGCAAAUGCAACGGCUGAAAUGAAUUCUCUUUUACAAAUUUGCUUUGAUAAAUUACAACAUGUUCAGGAAUAUUUACCGUUGACAUUGAAACGGAAUAAAAUUAUGCUUGGGCAUUUACAGAAAUUCGAUGAUGGUAUACAAAAAUGUCAACAAUGGUUAAAUGAAGCUAAACAAUUAUUUUCUCGGUAUUCGAUUCAAGUUCCUGUUAAACGUAUUGAAGAUUUUCUUGAACAACAUCGAAAUUUCUUUGCUGAUAUGAGUUAUUAUCAAUCGUUAAUCGAAAGUAAAUCUAAAUUAAUCGGUACUAUGAAAAAAUCGAAUGAAAAUUUCAUUCCAUUAAAUUUCUUACCCGUCGAUGAACAAUAUAAACAAUUAGCAGACACGUUUGAACAAAUUUGUCAUCAAACGUCGUAUUGGGAAAAGGAAUUUACUCUACAUUCUCAACUGUGGAAAGGUUUUCAUCAACGUUUAAAACGUCUGGAAGAAUGGAUCGAUCAAGCACAAGAAAUAGUCAACGAGAAACAUGAAGAUUCUGCUUAUCUUAUACAGAAACAUAAGAAUUUCUUUCAAAUGGUUGACGAUGAAAUUCUUCAUGGCUUUAUUAAAUCUGGCCAAGAGCUUUUACAUAUUCGUGAUCAAACCGAACAAAAAGAUAUUCAAUUUCUUAUGGAUUCGCUUGAAUCCAAAUGGAAUACGAUUAUAUGUUUCGCUCCAAUACGUCUUCUACGUUUACAAUAUGAACGUGUCGAAUGCAUCGUUGUCAAAGAAUUGAAGCAAGCCGAAGAUGAACUCAACGAUGAACUUCGUCUAUUAGAACGCCAAUUAGAUACUGUAGAUAUUUUACGACGCCAUAAUGAACAUUUUCAAUUGAAUAAUUUUCAUCCGACGAUAGAAACACAUCUUAGAAAUUUGCAUUCCUAUGCGAAUGAUAUACGUUCGAAAGAUAAAGAUACGACACAUGAAAAUGAACAAAUUGAUCAGCGUACAGCAAAAUUAAAUGAUUAUUGGGCACGUAUGCAAGCAAAAAUUGAUAAUGUCAGAAGAAAACUUCAAACAAUACCGAAAAAAUGGCAAGAAUUUGAGGAGAAAUUUCAUCUUGUCGAAACUUGGAUGGCAACUAUGGAACGAUCGAUGAGUGAUACAAUGAAUACGGAAGUUUCAUUUGAUCAAUAUAAAUUAAUUGUUAAUAAAUUUAAGAAUGACGUUCAACAGAUCGAUACAAUAGCGUACGACGUGAAAACAUUAUCUACACUCUUAGAUGAAUUAAUCGAAGAACGAGCAACGAGUGAACCAGCUCGUUAUCGUCAACGUCUCGACGCACUUAUCACACGUUAUAAACAAUUACUAAGUGCUAUUGAUGAAACUUCGCAACGCUGCACCAUCAUUAUUCCAGCUAAGAUGAUUCAUGAAAAUAGUCUACAAUUAAAUGCAUCAUUGAUCAAUAUUUCCAAUGCACCAAUUAAUUUUCGUGAUCUAUCCGACGUUCGUACGACUGUCCAAGGUCAAAUAAGAGUUUGUGAUGUACUAGAUGGAUUUUCGCAUCAAGUCAACGAACUUGUUACACGAGGAAAUGAACUAAUGAGACAACCAAUGGUACCGAAAUAUGUUCAACAAGAUGUACAAGGUGUACAAAAAUUAUACAAUGAGAAAGUUCAAUCAGCACGAGAUUACUUAGAAAAACUUAAACGUUUACUUGAAUUCUGGGAACGUUUCGAUGCGAAUACACGUCGAUAUCAACAACAAACUGAACGGUUAAAUACUGAAUUAGCACAACUACGAGGAAAUCUACAUACGAUAACAUCAUUUCAACAUGAAAUUGAAAAUUGCAAAUAUCUUCGAUCUUCGUAUGUUGAUUUGAAAUUAAUUCUCGAUGAAAAUGCUCAAUAUCUUCAAUCGAUGACAUCAAAUAAUUUAUUACCCUAUGAAAUAUUACAAAAACUUAAAAUCGAAUACGAUAAUAUGAUUGAAGAGCUAAAUGAAAAAUUAAGAUUAAUCGACGAAAUUUUACAGGACUUAAUUGCUGAUAAUACACGAUGGAUACGUUUUAAUGAUGAAUCAAAACGUUUGGAUACGUUAUUCAGAGAAAUUGGUUCGAUGUUUGAUGCUAAAAUGUUUGGCGAACGGCCACUGGAAGAAAAACAGCAGAUCUUAGAGCGUCUACGUAGUGAACUCGGUGAACAUUUACAUUCUUUAUCAAUAUUAUAUUCCGAUGGUUCGAACCUUGAAUCACUUCGUACUCGACCAAAAGAUUUACAGAAUGCGUUAAGUCGUUUAGCGCAAUUACGCGCAUUAGCUGAGGCGGCAUCGGGAAAAGUAAAUCGAGAAGAAGAGCAAGUAGCCGAAUGUCGAACACAUGUUCAAACAACACAUCGUUAUAUUCAACAAUUUCAACCAUGGGUUGAUUCGGCAGAAUACUAUCUUACUAAGCGUCUUGAUCAAAGCGGAGCGUUAAAUUUAACUGAAGCUAAACAAUUACAUGAUAAACAUAAAGAAUUUCUUGAAGAACGUCGCCGUAUGGCUUUAAUUCAUACGAAUUUAGUCGAAGAAGAACGUAAUGUCGCCGAUCAAUAUGAAUUAAAAGCUUUGAUUAAAUCUUUAUCAUUACGAUGGCUUGAAGUCGUACGAAAGUCCGAUGAAUUAACACCACGAUACGACAAACAAUAUUCGUCAUGGCUAUUAUUUGAAUCCGAAUUAAAUUCAUUUCGUGAUCAAAUACUAGAAGAACUUGAACGACGAGUUAAUUCUAUGGUUACAAUUGAUGUCAACAAACUGAUAGAUCUCGCACGAAUCAACGCUCUACUUAAUGAACUUCGAGCAUUAGAUGAAAAUAUUCAUAAUCAUACAUCCAAUUAUAAUCGUUUUAAUAAACAAUUAAGUGAUCUACGACAAUAUACGUCAACUGAAGGUCAACGAAUCCUUCAUGAAGAACAAAUGAGUGUUGAAACUCGAUGGAAUCAAAUUAAUCGGCUUACAUCUGAUAAACUUCGUGAAACUGAACGAUUGUAUGAAUCUCGUAAAUCAUUUCAUAAUCGUUUUGAAGUAUUCGAACGAACUGCUCGUGAAAUUGUGGAACAAAUUGAGGGUAGCGGACAGAUUCAAACCAGCACAUGGAAUCAAACAUUUCUGCGAUUACAACAAACUCAAAAGCAAUUAGAAACAAUUCAACCGUUGAUUUCAACUAUUGGAAAAGAACUAAUUAAUUUUGAACUCUCCGGUCUUUCGAAAGCAGAUUCACAAACUAUACAAAAUGCAUUUGAUGCUCAUCGGCAACGAAUAAAUACUAUUGAAAUAAUCUUACAAAAACGUCUUAAUCUAUUACAACGCUAUGAAGAACAUAUAAAUUGUUCGAUGGAAAUUCGAAAAAAAUUACAAAAGAUUAAUGAUGAAAUUCAACAACGACAGCAAAUGAAACUGACCGAUAUUGAUUUAAUGCGAACUGAAUUCGACCGUCAUACAAAUGAUUUACGUUCGAUUCAAUCUGAAAGUAGUCUUCUUGAUCGUUUGAUGGAAGAAAGUAAUACAACUCUUACGGAUUCAACAACAAAUAGAAAUAUCUUCUUUCUUGUUGAAUAUCGAACUAUUCAAAAUCUUGUGGACUCAAUCGAUAAUAAAUUAUUUCAACGUCGUGUACAAGCUCAAGAAUUGGAACGAUUAUUAGAUGAUUUUGGUCAAGCUCAUACUAAUUUACUUCAUCGGAUCAAUGCACUUAGUACUAAUCUUCGAACAGCUCGUCUUAUUGGCUAUUCUACUCGUGAUAUCGAAGAUAUAAUGUCUAUCGUUAAGACUCUCAACCGAGAGAUUCAAAAUGAAGGUACUAAUCUAAAUUUACUACGUACGAAAUAUAAAACUUUCUCAUCGGAUUUAUCGAGCCAAGAACGACAACAAGCAGAAAUCGCGAUGACUAAAAUUCAAGUCGAAUUAGAACAAGUAAAAGAGCAAGCUGAAAAACGUUAUGAACGAUUGAAUACUUUAAUUCAACAACGCCAAGAAUUAGAUCAAACCUAUGAUCGAUUUAUGAUUUGGUACAAGGAUAAACAACGUUUAAUACCUACUGAUACAACAAUACCAUUAAAAACAAUCGAAGUUGAACGAUUAUUAAAAAAAUAUACUGAUGCAUUAAAUGAAACAAAAAGUCAACGAAUUACACUUGAGAACAUUCUAAAACUGAAUGAAAGUGUUAAACAAGGUUAUUACUAUGAAGAUAAAAUAGAAUAUAAUCUGCAUACACAUGAAUUGGCUUAUAAACUAAAUCAUUUAGAAGAAGCACUAAAUGAUCGCUUGCGACAAUUAAAUGUAGCAAAUGAACAACGACUUGAAAUCGAUCGAAUUAUGACGAAACUGAACGAAUCGAUUAAAACAACAGAGCAACAAAUUAAAGAUCCGUUUGCGAAUGAUCUUCAACAACCGACUAAUGUUCUGAAAGAUAAAUCGAAAACUAUGCAAUCUUUACUUCAAGCAACAAGAGAACGUAUGAAUGAAUUUGAAGAGUUAACACGCAUUCAUAAUUUGGUCGCAUCGACAUUAAACGAUUCCGAACGAAUAACAUUGAACGAAAAAUAUACUCUUCUGAAAGAAAAAUACAGUCGUUUGUUAGAUAGUUUAACUCAACGUAUUGCUUCGCUCGAUGAAGCUAUUCGCGAACGAACUGAAUUCGAACACGAAAAUGAUCAGUUUCAAAUAUUUUAUCAAAAAUUACAAAAUGAAUUUGCAAAAGAAAAACAACAAAAAUUAACCGAUAUGAAUUAUCCAUCGAAUGAACGACGUUUAGAACAAUAUAAAAAACUGUUAAAACAUCUUGAUGAAACAAUGAAUCAUUUUAAAGAAUUAACGCGUAUACAACGUUUAUUAACCAAUAAAGGCCAUCGCAUUGAUUUUCGUAGUGCUGGUGAAUUAAAUGCAAAUUUAAAAACGCUCGAAGGGCAAAUUCAUAAUGAAAUCGAACGUAUCGAAAGAGCUUUACAAACAGAAAAUGAAUUUUAUAAUAUCGACAGAGAACUUGAUUCAUAUUUACAUAUUUCUGCUGAACAAUUGAAAUCAUCUCAACAUCAUCAAGAUAAAGAUGCUGCUUUUCAGACCAUCGCUAAUCGUUUACAACAAAGUGAACAUGAAUUAAAUAAAUCGAUUCAGCUUAGUGAACGUCUUGUUAACGAUCUUCCUCGUUCGAAAUAUGAACAAUUGAAACGAACUAUUGAAAAUCGUCAUGAGCGUCUGCAGGCAUUGAAGAAAACUUGCGAAAAAGCACGCGGCGAACAUGAACAUAUGAUUAAAACACAAAAUAAAUUAAACGAGGAUUUAAUAACAAUUAUUGAUUGGUUUAGAAAAGUGAUUCAAGAUUUAAAUCAGCCAUUUGAACUUAAUUUAUCGCUCAAUAAUGUUGCUGAUCUUCAAGAUUCAGUGAAUCAACUUGACGCAUCAGUUGAUCAACGUUUGAUUCGAAUUGACCAAGCUCUUCAUGAUGAACCGAAUCUUGUCAAUUCAAAUGAUGUAGAAAUUCGGCAACGAUUGAAAAUUCUCGAAGAACUUAAACAUCAAGUUAAAGCUCUUCUUAAUAAGCAACGCAUUAUUCUUAAUGAUAUUCAUCAAGGUAUUACGCAUUAUAUUAAACUUACUACGGAUGUUAAAGCAGUUAUUUGUGAUGCCGAUUUUAAAUUAGCGCCGUUUUUCGAUGGCUACGAUCGAAAGCGUCUUGAUGAGCAUGAAAAAGAGCUAAAUUUUCUCGAAACACUUUGUGCUGAACAAAAGCAUCGUCUAAUUGAAGCACAUAAAGUAGCAGAAACAUUUCGGUUACAUUUACGAGCUAAUGCUAGAGAAAUAUGUGAUAGUCAACUUAAAAAUUUCGAACAAACAAUUGAAGAUCUUGAAAUUCGAAUCCGUCAACGUCGUAAAGAAGUUGAAGAAAUUCGUCAAAAAUCCGAUCGAUUCAAUUCAAGUAUGGUUGAUAUACAAUCGAGCACAAAUCGUCUAUUAGAUCUCAUUGAAAAAUCGCCUGAUCAUGCCGAAAAUUUGCUUACCGAUAUGGAUUCGACGUUCACGGCCUUACAAUAUCUCGGACGAGAUCUCAAGAAGUCCUUAGAUGUAUCAAGUUCAACAGAAAUCGAUCGUGAAUUAAAAGAUAUUGCAAGUUCAGUUGAAACUGUUCGCGACAGUCUUGACCGCGCAAGAAGAAACCAAGAAGAAAACGAAUCAGUUCGUGAUCGAAUUGAACGAACAUUAAACAACAUAAAAUCAUUUCUAAAUAGAAAACGACAAGAAAUACGUCAAGUUAUUGAUACUGGUUAUACAAAUGUCGAUGUCGUACGACGAACGGUUGAAAUGAAAAAUUUUAUGCGAGAUCUUGAAUUAGAAAAUGCACAUAUAUCGGAAAUCAAAGAGUGUCUUUCUGUUCUACUGGAGAAAAAAUGUGAUCCGAAAAUCAUUACUGUCUUAGAAAAUCAACAUCAAGAAGUUUCCAACGAUCUUCAAUCUUUACAAAAUGAAAUAGUAAAUAUCCUGGAAAAUUUCGAUCGGCAAGUGCAAGAACAAGAAAGACUACGACAAAAUGCUCGAAUCAUAUUAUCAAUUAUUCAACGUACGAAAAUACAAUUAAUUGAAUUAUAUCCAACGGUGACUGACGAAGCAAAUAGAAAACUUGAAAUUAUCGAUGAGGAUUUAUCGAAAAAUUUUCAACUAUUUGAUCAAUCAUUAGAUGAUUAUAAAAAUACCUAUGGAAAUAUAUCGGAUGAUUUAGAAAAAAUUAUUAUUCGAGUUUACGAAGAAAUCGACGAUAUUAAACUUCGUAUUAAUGAGAAAAAAGCUCAAUUAAAUGAUUUAAAUUUAUUACGAGAUGAAUAUGAAAGUUCGAUUGAAAACAUUACAAAAGUUUUAUUAGUCAUUGAAGCAAAAACUCAAAAAACGAAUAUUGCAUUAAAUUUAGAUGCAUUAAAAGAUUUAACAGUCGAAAUGCAAGCACAUCGCCCAUCGAUCGAUCGUGUACAGCUACUUUCAUCAACAUUAAUAUCGCAUUUAAUAGAUUCGCAUGAACGUGAACAUAUUCGACGUCGUCUAAAUGAAAUCGUACGUCAAUGGACAGAAAUCGAACAAAUUUUAAUUAAUGAAGAAGAAGAUAUAGUAGAAAUGAAUCAUAUUCUAUUAGAAUAUAGAAAUAGUUAUGCAUUAUGUGAACAUUGGUUGAAACAAGCAAAAGAAUUAAUUUAUGAAUUAACAAAUGCUAAAACUAUUGAAACUCUCAAUCAACUUAUGCCAAAAGCUCGAACCGUUUUAACUGAAUAUCAAUCGAAUCUUCAACAUUUAGACCGAUUGAAAAAUAAACUUAUACGAAUUGUUCAAACCAGUCAAAUGCCCGAAGCAACUUUGAAGUUAAAUGAACUCGAUCGUCUUCUGGCAGAUUUAAUAGUGCAUCAUGAAAAACUUGAUCAAUGCCUUAAUUUAAGUUAUAAAGUUCAUUUUCAAUUAAGCGAAUUUAGUAAACAACAAGUUUUCUAUGAACAAUGUAUUAACAAUAUUCAAAGAACGGUGGAAACAGUAUUUGAAGAAAAACUGACCAUCGACGAAAAAUUACAAUGUUUAAAUGAUAUCAAAUUUGAAUUAGAUAAACGUAAACAAAUACUUAAUAAUUCAACAAAUGAUUAUCCGGAAAUUGAUCAAUUAAUAAUAAAAUCUAUACAGAAACUAGUCGACCAAAUUGAAAAAAUCAAAGCAACUAUCAAUCAAAAACAAGAGGAAUAUGAACAGCAAAAUCGACAACACAAAGAUUUUCGUGAUGGCAUUGAAAUGCUAUUUGAAUGGAUUAAACAAAGUUAUUCUUAUGAAUCAUUAAAUGAUAAACGUGAUUUAGAAUCUCUUGAACGAGAAUUAAAAAAAAUAAAUGACAAACAACAACACAUUAUUGAUAAAUCAAAAGAGAUCGAUGCACUUGCACGAGCUAUUAAUAAUUCGAAAUUACCAAAUGAUACUUUACAAAAAUUACGCCAAGAAAUCGAUCAUUUAGUGGAGCGUUUUACUGAAUCAAACAAUGAACUUGAAACAAGAAGUAUAUUCAUUAAAAAAACCAUGCGAGAUGUCGAUGAACACCAACGCAAACAACGUAGAUAUCAAGAAUCACUAGAUAAACUUUCGUCACUAGUAGAGCAUGAUCUACAAAUACCAGGCAGAUCUGUGGAAGAUGCGCUAAGUUCUCUUGGCGAACAUGUGUUGAAAACCGAAGAAUAUGAACGACGCAAGCGUCAAUAUGAACGCGAAUGGCAUUUGUAUAUAGAAGAAAUAUAUUUAUUACAAGAAAAGCUAAACAAAUUAAAAGAACGAAAAGGAAAUUUUUAUGAUUCACUCGAAGAACAACUUAGUUUUAUACGAAAUCAACUUCAAGAAUUAAAUCGAUAUCAAGAUGAAUUAACAAAUUUAAAAAAGCACGGACAAAACAUUUGUCUCGACAAUGGAAAUAUAAUUGCAUUGCCUUCUGAAAUUCAUCAAUUGCAAUCCAUAAUCAAUUUGCUUAAACAACAGUUUGACCAACGUCGUGAAGUUUUAAUCGAAAAUCAACGUAAUCGCGAUAUGUAUUUAAAUGAAUGCAAAUUGUAUGAACAUUCGUAUAAUUUGUCCAUGGAGCGUUUGAGUCGUUCGAUAACAUUUCCAUCGACAGUCGAUGAAUUCAAUCAUCAAUUGAAUGAACAUAAACUUUCCAAUGAACAAAUCGAUGAAAAACGUCGCCGGCUGAAUUUUCUAUUCGAUAAACUUGAUCGCGAAACACGCUCACGAUAUUCAAAACAAUAUUAUGAUUUAGAGAAGCGUUCGAAUGAUCUGCAAGAUAAAAUGAUUCAACAGACAAUACGUUUAGAAUAUUUUCUGCGUACGUGGAAAGAAUAUCAACUAAGAUUUCGUGAUAUUUAUCAACAAUUGCGUUAUAUUGAAGAACAAUUGCCAUCAAAUAAACAUUUAGUUUUGUUCCAACAGAUACAAACAACGUUUCUUCUUUAUAAAGAUUUAAAACAACGUUUGAUUUUAAUCGAGCCGGAAUUGUUGCAUUUAAAUGAUGAAAUACAAACAUUUUCGAGACAAUUAAAUAUUAUUUCAUUACAAAUUGAUAUUCAAAACGUUAACGAGAAUUUUAUUCGAGUUUCAACUGAUAUCAAAGAAAAAUUUCAAUGUCAUAAAACUGCUACAGUUCUUGCUAAUGAUAUAAGGCGUAAUUUAUCGAUUCUUGAAGAUACAUUAGGACAAUGUUCAAUUGAAUCACAAGCACAAUACGACGGUGAUAUUGCUCAAUUGAAAAUUCAACUAGAAAAAAUGAUGGAUGUCGAAAAACGUCUUGAAAAUAUUGCCGAUGUUUAUUCGAAUACGGCAACAUUUAUAAAACGUUUAAAAACUUUUAAUCUUUAUGAGUUACAAUCCAUAGAAAGUAAUCUGGAAAGUUUUCAUCAUAAAUGGACUUCUCUUAAAGCAGAUAUUUUACGAAAUGAAAAUAUUCUUCAUCAAAAUAUAACAAGUCGUUUACCAUCGAGACAAGCUUCCAAGGAAAUGUCUGUCUUCAUCGAUACAAUCAAACGUUUAUUAGACGAUGAUCAUGGCGCACCAAUUAAUAAUAAAGAAACUUUACAAAAACUAAUCAAAAGAUAUCGAGACAUGCGCGUUGAUGUUCUCAAUCAUCAAAGAACAAUUGAUUUUCUUAAUGAAUCACUACAACAAGAAGCAAAUGUAGAUUUAACAAGUAUUGAUCAUAUGGAAAAUAUUAAAAAACUAAAUAUUGAUUGGAUUAGAAUAAAAUCAUUAAUUUCAGCUCGAAUUGAAACAUUAGAACAGCUAAAUGAACAAUUUAAUGAAUUCGAUCAAACUGUACGUACACUAUCUGAUUGGGUUCAAGAACAAACAUCUGACCUUGAAUUUAUGCGUGCGAGAAGUUUGGAAGCCGGUGUUAAAGAUAAUAUUCGGCGAUGCAAUGAAAUUGAAUUUCAAUUAGCAUCAAAACAACAAGUUCUCACAUCUUUAAAAUCGUUCAGUGGUCGAAUGAUAUCAAAUGCAUCAACAUUUCGCAUCAUUGAUCAAGAUGGUACACUGCAAAAUCUACGUCAUAUGCUCGAUCAAUUAUUCCCAUCGAUUGAACAGUUGAAAUUAAAAUCAAAAUCAAUUUUAACCGAUUGGCAAGAAUACAAUCGUGUUUUACUUCAAAUGGAUAAGAUUCUACUGGAAGCUGAAGCUGAAAUCGAUCGGAUUGAAAUUAGUGCAAUGAAUGUCGAAACAUAUGAAAUGAGUACAAGAAAAGCACAAGAAUAUUUACAAUCUAUGGAAUCACAUCGACAUGAUUUCGAUCAAAUUAUAGUUCAUGAUCGUCAUUUAUCCGGCCAGUGCGAUGGGCAAACAUCAUCGAAAAUCAACGAAAUAACUGCUCGUAUUGAACAACGUUGGAUAAAAGUUCAACAUCGUCUACACGAAAUAAUAAAACCAUCGCGAGAAGUUGUCGAUAAUUGGAGACAAUUCAAUACUUUGUAUGUUCAUUUACUUGAUCGACUUGGAGAACUCGAAGGACGAUGGUAUACAAUUCAACAAGAAAAAUUCACCGCCGAUAUCGAUUCGCUUUUUGAAAAAGCUAAAGACUUUCAACAACGUCUCGAACAACUUGAUCUCGAAGUGUUAAAACUCCAUGAGUAUACAAAAAAAUUAACUCAUCCUUUACCACCCAUAGCCGCCAAAAAGAUCGACACUCAAUAUUCUGUUAUCAAAAAUCAACAUGCAGAAUUAGAAAAUCUUCAAAAGAAACUUCUAAUUGAUUGCAAUGAAUUAAAAUAUCAUGAAAAAGUCUACUUAGAUUAUUUUCAUGAACUUAAUCAGAUAAUUCAUCAAGUUCAAACAACACUUAAAACGCAAAAAUUAACUGAUGAAUAUGAAACAGUCAAUUUAAAACAAGUUCAAGAACUGGAUACUCUUCUAGAAUCAAAACGUAUUCUUAUCGAACGUUUAAAUUCCAAUGAAUUUAAUUUAUAUAUAAAACGAAAGAAAAAUUUUCAAGAACUUCUCAUUGAAUAUUCCAAUUGUAUUGAUUCAGUUAAAAAACGUUUAAAACAAAUUGAAUUAAACGAAUAUAACAAAUUAAAUUUUGAAAAACGCUGUCAAAAAUGGAAUGCUUACAUUCAAGCUAUUGAACAAAAUCUAUCUGUUGUACAAGAAAAUAUUCACACAAAUUAUCAUGGUCUAGUUGAAAUCGAUAAAAAUUUAUCAACUACAAUUGAUGAUUUUAGUCAACGACAACAAGAAUUAGUCAAUUUAAUCAACGAAGGAAAAGAUGUGAUCGAAAAUAAACAUAUUUUUAUCAAACUUGAGCAACGUUGGAAAAAUAUUAUGAAUACUAUGUUGAAUAAACAAAAAGAAAUUAAAGAAUUAAUUAAACUUUGGUUAGCAUAUCAAAAUUAUAUAGAAAGUUAUCAUCGUUUAUUGAAAGAUAAAUGCGACGCUGAACAGAAAGAAUUACAAGCGGCAACUAUUAAUAUAAUUAAUCAAAUGAAACAAGGCUCCUUGAAAACAAAUGUGGAUAAUGAUGAAUUAAGAAGUUUAUUGGAAAAAAUCUAUGAUAUCAAUAGAACUUUAAUUAGAAAUUCAGAUGCGAAAGCACAGGUUAUUUUAGAAAAAGAAUUAAAUGAUUUACAAAAAUCGAUUCAUCAAGUGGAUUCGACUAUUAAACAAAAACGGGAAACACUUUAUACGUUACUUCUUCGAUACAAUGAACUUGAUCGAAUAUUGGAUGAAUUAAGUACUAUAGUAAAAUCUAUACGUUCACUUCAACAGCAAUCAACAGAAGAUUUUGAUCAGUUUCUUAUUCAAUGCCAAAAUAAAAAUCGUGAACUUACACAACAUAGAACUGAAUUACAACGAGCACGACAAGCCAUUACAGAAAUAUCUCCUGAACUGCAUCCGGAAGAUUCACGUCAAUUGAUACAAAAACUAAAUUUACUUGAAAUUCAAUGGACCGAUGCCGAACGUAGCUUAGCAACGUUAAUUGAUACUCUUGCAAAACGACGAACAGAGUAUCAAGAUUUUGAAAAUAAAUUUCUUCGAUUUGUUCAAUGGUAUGAACAUUUUCUUAAUAAUGAAAUUAGCCAACGGCUGGAUGGUUUAACCAUUGAAUCAACACUUGAAAUCUUGAAAAAUGAAAUAAAAAAUAUCGUAACAGAGCGACGAAAAUAUGCUAAUGAAUUAUUAAUUCAAGGACGUCUUUUACAAUCACAAACACAUGAUCCAGCACAAUUACAAAUCCUCAGACAAAAGGUUGAACAAUUAGAACAAAUGAUUGAAACAGUAGAACAACAGAUUGGGAAAAGAAUUAAAAAAGCGGAGAAUACUUCUAAAAUGUUUCAUGAUUUUGAACAAGGCUUCGAAAAUCUUUGUUCAUGGAUGGAUACAAUCGAAAUUAAUUUACAACGAGCGUCAGCAAUACAAAGUUCAAAUGAUUUUCAUGCUCAUCAACAACCCAUUUCUGCAAUUGAGAUGGAUAUCGAAAGUCACAGUACCACUUUGAAUAGUCUUCUUGCUCUCGGUCAUAAUUUAUUAAGUGAAACUGAAAUGUCUCCGCGAAGUCUCGAAUCACUAUCGCGUACAGUUAAAACAUUAGAACAACGUUGGGGAUUAUUAAAAGAAUUAAUAAUGAAACGAAAAUCAGAAUCUGAUAGUAUUCAUGUUACAUGGAGAAAUCUUGAUGAAUCUAUAAGUCGUGCAUCAAAAAUGAUAAGUGAUCAUGAACGUUUUCUAGCAGAAGUUAAACGAACAAGUGGCGAAGGUUUACAAGGUAUUCGAAAUGAAUACAAAAGUCUUGAGAGUGUUAAAAAAACAUUAGUUGAUGACGAUAAACAAAUCCAACAAAUAAACAAGAAUUAUUCUGAUAUUCUUCAUCGAUAUUCAAUAUCGGAUUCGAGUGAUGAUAUGCGUAUAAGAAUAAAAGAUCUUAAUAAUCGUUGGGAAAUCUUAAAUGGAACAUUUAGUGAAACAAUAAAAAAUCUGAAAUAUAUGCUAAGUGUACACGGUGAUUUUCAAUUAACACACGAUUCAUUAGUUCUUUGGUUAACUGAUCUCGAUGUACUUUUAACUAAUCUUGAACAUUUAUCUGAAGCAUCGACCAAUGAAAAAAUUCGACAAUUAGAUGAUAUGGAUCGUGAAAUUCACGAAAAACAAACUAAAAUUGAAUAUGUACAAACAUGUGCUAAUUAUUUACUUAGUAAAACUGUUGACGCUCGAGGUUUAACUAUCAAUAUGAAUCAGCUAACGAAAUUUUGUCAACAAUUAAGAGCUUUAACAAAACGCAUCAUAAAAUUAAAAAAAAAUUUAAUGAAUGUAACUGAUCAUAAUGUGGAUUACACAAGCUCUGCACGUUCCUCUCCUCUUCGAUUUGCUUCAUCACCUACUCGUAAACGUGUAGCUUCGCCGUCACCACCAAGAUCACGAUCACCAAAUCGUUAUCUUCGUUCACGAGAUCGUUUUAUUCGUCCAAUGGAUAAAAUCGACUUAGGCGAUAAUCGUCAACAUGCAGAUAAACUAUUGGCUGAUUUCGAAGAUAUUCUUCUUCAAAUCAAUGCAGAUUUCCAUUCGAAAGAAGAAAAUCUUCAUACUCCAACACCAACUGGUGUUCAAAUUGAANUUAAAAAAAAAUUUAAUGAAUGGUCACGAUCACCAAAUCGUUAUCUUCGUUCACGAGAUCGUUUUAUUCGUCCAAUGGAUAAAAUCGACUUAGGCGAUAAUCGUCAACGUGCAGAUAAACUAUUGGCUGAUUUCGAAGAUAUUCUUCUUCAAAUCAAUGCAGAUUUCCAUUCGAAAGAAGAAAAUCUUCAUACUCCAACACCAACUGGUGUUCAAAUUGAAAAUCUACCAACCGAUUUUACUUACAAUCGAAUUUUAACAUCUAUUCGACGAAAAAUCGAUACACUAAAUCAAUUCAUUCAUCAAAUAAAACAAGAAUUAGGUGCAUAUGUUAUUCAAGACUUUAAUAACGAUCCAAUGGUUGUCGAUAUUAUGAAUAAAUGGAGUCAUAUACAAAGCUUAACUAACGAAAAAGAUGAUCAAUUAAAUCAAAAUCGGCAACGGUGGAAACUGUUCAAACGACAAUUAGAAAAUCUUGAACUAUUGUCGGAACAAUUUACAAGCUCAGAACACUCAUUAUCAAGAUCAAUGCAUUCAAAAGCUGAUGUGAAAGAACGAUUAGACGAAAUUGAAGUACUGUUACGAUCCACAAUCGAGUUAUCCCAUGAAUUCAAUGAUAAUUCAAAUAUAUGGAUACUUUUUGAACAUCGUCUUCAAUUAAUUAAAGAUAAAUUUCAAUAUUCACACACCCGAUCAAGCAGUCCAACUCGAGAAUCAAAAAUAAAUUCAGAUACAAAAAAUGAACUAUUAGAAAUAAAUUCACAAGUAGAUCAUCUUGAAACUUUAGCACAUUCCUUAGAACCCAUUGAUAAUAAUGAAAUGAAUCAAAAUAUAAAUCGUACAAAACUACAUCACUUCAUUCGUAUUCAUGAUGAUCUUGAAAUUCUUAAUGAACGUUUAAUUAAUAUAAAUAAAAAUUCAUUAUCAAUUGUAUCAAGUGAUCAAAUGCGUCAAAUAAAUGAUAUGAAAUUAAUAUUUGACCGUUUAAAUUCUAUUAAACGUAUCGUAAAACUUCAUCUUGAUCAAUUAGAAAAAUUAUUAGCAAGAAAUGAAAUAAAUCUUUCACAAAUGAGAUCAUCGAACAAUAACUUUCAGCGUCUGUACCAAUGA